AUGCGUGAGAGUCCGGUGGCCGAGGUGCAGCUCCUGAGUGGAGGCACCAAGGGGCGGGGGGGCCAGCAUGAGCACAACACCACCGUGCCUCCGGGCCCCCCGAAUAACACCACCACCCCGGCAGGAAAUGUCCCCUCAGUGACUUCCAGCAGUGCCACUUCACCCAACACCAGCAACCCCAACGCAGGUGUUUGCCAAAGAGAUACCUGUGGCAAGGAUUCUUCAUGCGUUGCUCUGAAUAAUACACAUUUUUGCUUGUGUGUUGAUGGGUAUUACUAUAAGUCUUCCACGUGCAAUAAAGGAAAGGUAUUCCCUGGAACAAUCCAAUUAAAAGUGUCAGAAACAUCUGACUUGGAAAAUGAAAAGUCGGUAGCCUAUGAAAAAUUACAUAUGGAAGUUAUAAAUUUUUUUCAAAAUGCCUUUACGAAUUCUGAUUUUGGACAGACUGUAAUUUAUAAAGUCAGAUUGUCUGUUUCAGCAAGAUCUGAAAUGCGUGCUGAUGAAAAGCUUGUUGAUGUUACAGUAGUAAACCUUUUUGCAGAAACUGCACAAGAAGAUGAGACGACCGUAAAUAAUAAAAUUGAGAAAGCCAUUUCAAGCAACUCUAAAACCUUUACAAGCUAUAAUAAGCAAGAUCUGUGUGAUUUUUAUGGUUGUAUAAAGACGAAUGACCAAGAUAACUGCAACAGUGGCCUACUGUGUACAUGCAAACCAGGGCUGGAAAGGCCCAACCCACAGACUCCUUCAUGUCUUGCUCUAGGUCCAAAGUGUUCUGACGACUGCAGGGCAGAACACAACCUGCAGUGCGUCGUGAGGAGCAACAGGAGCGCGGCCUGCCUGUGCUUGCCGGGCUACCAGAAGGACCAGCGAGGGGUCUGCCAAGCGUGCGCCUUCGGCUACAGUGGAGUCAACUGCGAAGACAAAUUCGAGCUGAUUCUCACCAUUGUGGGCACCAUUGCUGGAAUCCUCAUUCUUGGCAUGCUGAUUGCACUGAUCUUCACGAGAUCAAAGAAGAAACGGGGUAUUGAAGAACAGAACUUGAUUGAGAACGACUUUAAUGGUCUGAGAAUGCAGCAAACCACGGACUUCAGCAAUCUAGGAGCAAGAGCAGGAGGGAGCAUCUUCCCUAAAGUCCGAGCGUCUGUCCCCACGAGCAGCCAGAUGCAGAAUCCCUACGCACAGAGGGGCAUGCCCCGCCCUGACUACUAG